GUUAGUGCUAGCUCUCACAACAGUAGGAGAGCAUGUCUUCCACAUCCAUCAACACGGAUCUCUAUGUACUGGAGCGCAUUUGACUCGACCGGAUGCUUUUGUUUAAAGGCUGGAAACAUCUUCAAGCUGCAGGGACUUGGCGAGUUAGAUGUCAAUAUGUUAAAGCUCCUUGCUAGACAUUUAGCUGGUUAAUUGAUGGGUGUUAGCCAGAUAGCAUUCGCGCUGAAAUCCAAAGUUUUCAUCCCCUGGGACUUUUGGAUUAACGAUAGCUAGCUAGCUAGCCAGCCACUACGCAACUAUUCGGUCUUGGUAGCAAUUAUAAUUAAGUGUGUUUGUCAUUGUCACCACACCACAUAGACCGAUUAACAUUUGCUAACUAGGGGAAUCCUAAUAAUAUUGGGAUACAAGUUGGCAAGAUAGUAAAUUGACGUAUAUGUAACUUUUUUCCGCUCUAGGGACAGCCAGCUAGUUUUGCAAGCGGCUAGCGACGUUAGGUUCCAACCGCCUGAAAGCUUGUUUACUAGCCUCAAAGCUAACGUUGUAUGGCUGGCUCCAGCUUGCAAAGUGAAAGUAUUCGCUGGAAUGUUGUUUAUCCCGGAAUUAAUACGGUGAGAAGCGGCGACUUAUUUCACGCUUUUGGGGCGAAAAAAAAUCAUCGUUUGUCUUUUUAGUAGCUUGGAUCAUAUUUACAUGAGCUACGUUGGUAGCUAUCCAGGUGCGUUCGAUUUGGUUUGGUUUGAUUUGCUCGGAUUGACAGUUAAUUUCCCGUUAAACUGGAUAACGUUUGCUAUGCUAGCUAGCUAAGAGACUACUGUGUGUUAUUUGGGAUAUUUCAGAGCUACUGUUACGUUGUUUUAAACUACGGCUAAAGCAUUGUUAAAAUGUAGCUGGAAAAAUGACUUCUGGUGCUGUCAAAAAUUGCCGUGGAAGUAGCGUUAACAUGAGAACGUUAACAUAGCUCAAGUUAAUGCUUACUCAUAUUUUAAUCUACUCAAUAGCUAUAGAUUUAACAUUACAUAGCUAAAUAGCGCCUAAACUUAAUGUAGGUUUACGCUAACUGUUUUAAAGUCGCCAACUAAUAAUACUCCCUGACUUUGAGUAUAAAAGAACUGACGCACCCACUCUCACCCUGGCUCAAGAUUUUUCCAUGGCGUUUCGAAGGUGAAUACGGUGCAGUUUUGCAAGCCUUUCCUUUUGAAGGUGAUUUAGCUUGCUGUACCUGGGGCAAUCAAACAUUACUCUGUGACCUCGGAGUGAGCUUGCCAGCAUCCCAGUCAUGGAGGGCAGCGGCGGCACCGGCAACCUACAGAAAGUUACUCCUUUGGCUCGAGAACUGUCAAAGAUAUUCAGUAGUUACAACAAACAUGCAGGACUGCUCAGAAAGAACUUGAAAGAGACAAACAUAUUCUUUCGGGAGAUCAGACAGAACUACAGCAAUGCAUGUGCAUCAGCCACAAACACAGGGACUGCAGCGCUGGAAGCAGGCUUGCAGCUCAACUGCAUCUCCUUCCCACGGCACGAAGAGGAGUACCUGCACGGCGUGGUGUCCAGCGCACCCUACAUCCUCCUGCUGGGCCAGGACUGCCCGGCCCGCUACCAGCUGCUCAACUGCCUGCUGGGGGAGCGCCUGCUGCCCCUGGGGUCCGACGCGGGGUCCGCCUGUGGGGCGCAGGGCCUCACCUGUAAGCGGCGGAAGCUGUGCUUCACGCAUGGGCGCCAGACGCGCCUCAGCCUGGCACUGCCCGGCCAGUACGAGCUGGUGCACCAGCUGGCGGCGCACUGCGGGCGCUGGGAGACUGUGCCCCGACAGGACCUGGAGAUCCAGGAGGAGUGCGAAGACCCGGCGACCCGGCUGGCCGAGUUGGAGAUCACACUGCACCACUCGCUGCUGCAGGAUCUUUGCAAAGCGGACCUGCUGCUGCAGAAGGACUCUCGGGAAGCACAGAGUUGGUGGGUCAGGGAAAGACAGGAAGAGAAAGACCUAAACAAGACAGGACAACAGGAGGCCAAGAUCAUGGUCGUCCCGUGCCCCGGUGUCCAGCCAAUUCAGGAGGCGCUGGAGGAUUGCUCACGCAACAUCAUUCCCAUCAUCAUCUAUGCCCUAAGCCAGGACUCGCUCACCGCUGAGCAGGUGGCCGACCUGCACAAGGUCCGAGAGACGCUCCCCUACCCCAUCUGCUUCGUCCGCAUGCCCUCGUCUUUGCUGUCGCCCUCGUCCUCCUCCUCGCCUUCCUUGACCCCAGAGGCCUCUCCCGAGUGCACACGGGCGGGCGAUCGGGAUCGGGAGCGGAACCGCGAGCGUAGUGGCCUGCACGUCCAGCUCCUGUCGCUGGGGUUCCUGGGCGGCGGCGCGGAGAACAGCUCGAGCGGCUCGGCCCCCAUGCCCCAGAGCGUGCUGGGCGAAUCCUUUGAACGGCUGCACCGGCUCCUGGGGCCCUUCGCCAAGCAGGUGCUGCAGAACCAGCAGGUGGAGGCGGCCAACAUGCUCAACGGGGUGCACUGCCGCUGCCUCGACCUCUUCAUCAACCAGGCUUUUGACAUGCAGAGGGACCUACAGAUCACGCCGCGGCGGCUGGAGUACACGCGAGAGAAGGAGGGCGAGCUCUUCACCUCGCUCAUGAUCAUCGCCAACCGCAAGCAGGAGGAGAUGAAGGAGAUGAUCGUGGAGACGCUCAGCAGCAUGAAGGAGCAGCUGCUGGAGGACGCUGCCAACCUGGAGUUCACAGAUAUCAUUGUAACUCCAAACGGGGAGCCCGUGGCCUCCAAGGACAUCAAGUCGUGCAUCCAGCAGAUCCAGGAGCUGAUCGUGGUGCGUCUGAACCAGGCGGUGGCCAACAAGCUCAUCAGCUCCGUGGACUACCUGAGGGAGAGCUUUGUCGGCACGCUGGAGCGCUGCCUCAACAGCCUGGAGAAGUCGCACAAUGACACCUCGGUGCACAACGUCACCUCUAACCAUCUGAAGCAGAUCCUGAACGCUGCCUACCAUGUGGAAGUGACGUUUCACUCUGGCUCGUCUGUGACGCGGUUAGUGUGGGAACAGAUCAAACAGAUAAUCCAGAGGAUAACGUUUGUGAAUCCUCCGGCCAUCACUCCAGAGUGGAAGCGUAAGGUGGCUCAGGACGCCAUCGAGAGCCUGAGCGCGGCUAAGCUGGCCAAGAGCAUCUGCUCCCAGUUCCGCACCCGCCUCAACAGCUCCCACGAGGCCUUCGCCGCCUCACUCCGACAGUUGGAGGAGGGUCACACGGGUCGCCUGGAGCGGACGGAGGACCUCUGGCUGCGGGUCCGCAAAGACCAUGCUCCUCGCCUGGCCCGUCUGUCGCUAGAAAGCCGCUCGCUUCGAGACGUCCUCUUAAACGGCAAGCCCAAGCUGGGCCGCGAGCUGGGCCGAGGCCAGUACGGAGUGGUCUACCUCUGCGACAGCUGGGGGGGGAAGUACCCCUGCGCCUUGAAGUCAGUGGUCCCUCCUGACGACAAGCACUGGAACGACCUGGCCCUGGAGUUCCACUACACCAGGUCUUUGCCGCAGCAUGAGAGGCUGGUAGAUCUGCACGGGUCUGUCAUUGACCACACGUAUGCCGGCGGCUCCAGUAUAGCAGUGCUGCUCAUCAUGGAGAGACUCCACAGAGACCUUUACACAGGCCUUAAGGCCGGUCUAUCACUACGAGAGAGGUUACAAAUUGCCCAGGACGUUGUAGAGGGAAUCCGCUUCCUGCACGGUCAAGGGCUGGUGCAUCGAGACAUUAAGCUAAAGAAUGUCCUGCUGGACAAACAGAACCGGGCUAAAAUAACGGACCUGGGCUUCUGCAAGCCAGAGGCCAUGAUGUCCGGAAGCAUCGUGGGAACGCCCAUCCACAUGGCGCCAGAACUCUUUACAGGAAAGUAUGAUAACUCUGUGGACGUGUACGCCUUUGGGAUACUGUUCUGGUAUCUGUGCUCUGGCUCUGUGAAGCUGCCCGAGGCUUUCGAGAAGUGUUCCAGCAAGGACCAGCUGUGGAACAACGUCAAGAGAGGCUCUCGUCCCGAGCGCCUGGCCACCUUUGACGAGGAGUGCUGGCAGCUGAUGGAGGCGUGCUGGAACGGCGACGCCUUACAGCGCCCCCUGUUGGGCAUCGUGCAGCCCAGCCUGCACAGCAUCAUGGUGCGCAUGUGCAACCUCAGCCCCGAGCGCAAGAGCAGCAGCCUGGACGACUCUAACUGACGACGCCAGCAACAAAACACUUGACACGGAGAGAGAGGAUGUAUUGGUGGAGUGUAUACGGUUCCACAGAGGCACACUCUGAAAACAAAAACCAACAUACACACUCACUCCCUCAUGAGCACGCACACGAACACACACUCCAAAAAAAAGAUAUCCGUUUGAGUCCCUACCAAAUGGAUAAACUGUAGUGACCAAGAAAACAGGUAUGUUUUGUAUAACUCAUAGGUGUUUUCCCCCCAUUCCCUUGACAAGGGUCUAAUGUACACUAUUUAUGAUGACCUUAUUGAAAACAAAAUACAUGUAAAGUGUGCACAUAUGUGUCUUGACCUUGUUUGUGGCGUUUGUGUAUUUAUGUAUGUUCUAGCACACACUAUGCUUCUUUCUUAGCAAGCAUGCUAAUUGCUGCUUUGUCAUAGGAUUGCUACUAGACAUGAACAUUUUAAAAGUAGUCCAUAUCCAGUAUUAUGCUAAAAAAAAGAAAGAAGUGAUUUUAGUCUGUAUUUAAAGCUGGUAAUUGGAAUAUUACCGCUAUCCUGAGAUGACAACUGUUUUUUAAUAAAAUGAUUUUCUGAAAUUA